CGCCGCUGCCAUUGUCUGAGCGCCAUUUCGCUUUUCCCUCCCCCCCCCUCUUCCCCGUCGGGCGCCUUCCGUUCUUCCCCACCCCUGCACCUCGCGGUCACGGCAUCGGCGCCUCGGAAAAACGCGAAUAAGGCGAGGGCCACGACGACGACGACGAGGGCCGUCGCGGACGAGGCGAGGUACGCUUGACUCACACCCAUGGAUAAGGUUGAGGAAACAUUGGAUGACUUGAAAUCGCCAUGUCAAGCUAUAUCUGCAGAGGAGGAGCGGGCCAUGCCAUUUGACGGUGAUUCUUCCGACCCCAGAGACACAGACGAGCAAGGCAGCCACCAGCUAACCGUGUCGGAAUUAGCUCCGCAUUUGGACAAAGGCGGGAAUGACAAUGAUGGGACCCACAGGGAAUUCCCAUCCUCCUCUGGCUCCCAGGUAAUAGAAGUUUGUACGGACGCUGAUGAAAUCGACCACGACGCCAUUCGCCCAUACGCAGAGGUCGAGACAGAUUUGGAAUUCGUUUCUAAAAGCCCUGAAGAGCUGGGGGCCAAGCCAAAGACUAAAGCCGCUGGCGUGAGCGCACUCGUGGACUCGUACUUUCGCUUCGCGCCAUGGGCUGGCAAGAAGAAGCGCAACGCAUGCCGGAGGUCAGACGACUCUGCCUCUGCCGAUCGGGAAGGCUCGACAAAAAGCCUGCGUGAGCGGCGUCACGGCAGCGCCGUGACCUCUUUGGGCGACGUGGGUUCAGAUGACGACCAACAUGCGCCGUGCACGGAGCACACCCUGGCGCAGCAGCAGCGCACCAUGCACAAUCGCUCUUUCCGUGAGCGGCUCAAGGACACCAUGGGCCACUGCUUCCCCGUGCGAGCGCCGCAGCAGAGCAAGAGGCUUGCUACCGCGGGACCUGCAUCGCCGCCGUUGCUCUCGACAUCGCCGUCCCGACUGCAGGGCUCCGCGGGGACGAGCGGGCCUUUCUCCAACAAACGAAAGAUCCACCUCUCGGAGCUCAUGCUCGACCGCUGCCCAUUCCCGGCCGGCACGGAACUGGCACGCAAGUGGCACUUAAUCAAGCAGCACACGGCGCCAGUCGGCCGCUCGCAGAGCCUCUUCCUGCCAGGCAGUUUUGACUCACCGGAGGACGAGGAGGACCUGCUGAGGGAGCGGAGGCGGCUGAGCAUCGAGGAGGGUGUGGACCCACCGCCAGAUGCCCAGAUCCACACGUUCGAGGCCAGCAGUCGUGUCAAUGCACUCUACAAGCUGGGCCCCAAGCUGGCUCCGGGGAUGAGCGAGCUUGUGGGCGACGCCAGGGGAACCGCGGUGGCCGCAGCGGUGGCGGUGGUGGGGGCGUCUGGAACUCAGCCAAGGCCCACCGGGGAGUGCCUCUCAGAGGACGAGGAGAACACGGCGCUGUGUCUUCAUCCCCGGCGAAACCGGACCAAGGAGGAGCCGCCCUCGGUGGUGCCGAGUGGCAUCGGCGGCCUGGGCCAGCUCCUGUACCAGCCGGGCGCGAUGGCCGCCGCCUCAAAGCGCGUGCACACGCAGAUCGACUACAUCCACUGCUUGGUGCCGGACCUGGUGGAGAUUACAAACAGCUCGUUCUACUGGGGCGUCAUGGAUCGCUACCAGGCUGAGGCGCUGCUGGAGAACCGUCCCGAGGGCACCUUCCUGCUGCGCGAUUCGGCCCAGGAGGACUACCUCUUCUCGGUGAGCUUCCGGCGCUACGGCCGCUCGCUGCACGCACGCGUCGAGCAGUGGAACCACAACUUCAGCUUCGACGCGCACGACCCGUGCGUGUUCUACGCGCCGGCCGUCACCACGCUGCUGCGCCACUACAAGGACCCGAGCGCGUGUAUGUUCUUCGAGCCGCUGCUCGCGACGUCGCUACCCAGGACUUUCCCCUUUGGGCUGCAGCGCCUGUGCCGCGCGGUCAUCUGCAGCCGCGUCACGUACGACAGCACGGAGGCGCUGCCCAUUCCGCAGGCGCUCAAGGAGUACCUGCGCGAAUAUCACUACAAGCAGAAGGUUCGCGUGCGGCGGCUCGACGCGCCGCGUGGUUGGCUCAAGUAGCCCGUCGCGCGAUCGUUCUCGCUCGUUUUUUUUAUUUUAUUGGCGACGUCGUUGGUGAUUUAAUUUUCGUUUGAGUUUUCUUUCUCUCCCCACACCCACUCUUUCUCCCAUUCUAUUCCCCUCUUUCCCCCCAACCCCGCCCCUUCUCUAGUUGGGGAGCUUUUGCACAGUGUGUAUGUAUGUAAUAUGUACGUUUGUUGGUUGGUCGCCAAGUUGACACUCGGCAGGUUUGCAGUACAAAAAAAGAAAAGAAAAUGCAUCAAAACUGAAUGUUUGCUUCAGUUCGAGUACGAGAGGUUAUCUGGGCAUGCCAGCUUAUGCAUUUUUAAAAAAAAAGCUAUAUUGUUUACAGCUGUCCAUGGAAAAGGGCAUGAACGAGCACUUCACCAUACAGGCUGUCCAUUUCACUUGAGCUUAAACCGGGGAGCGUUGGAUGGGCUGUGUGCAACCAUUUGUGUACAACAAGUAUGAACGAUCAUUCGGCUCUCAGCGAUAAAUCAUAGGGCGCGCCGUCACCGAGAAACCGAUGACGCCGUUCGUCAAUUUUAUAUGGGGGGGGGGAAGCGGCGGUGAAUUUUGGAAGAAAAAUAAAUAAAUAAAAAUCCACGUGGUCAGGAAUACUAGCAUGUGAUUGGCUGCAUGCCUCCAAAGAGAGUCGUGGUUUAACGCUAGGUAUGACACAUUUAGUUUGCUUUGUGCUCUUGCUGUGAUUGCUGCCACCGCCUUUUCAAAGGUACAUUAAUGCAUUUAUUUGUGUAAAUUCCUACCUCAAGAUGUAUUUUACUUUUUAGUUCUUUUUUUGUUGUUGCAUAGUGCUUCGUUGCUAUGUAAGCCAAUAUGUUUAUAUCAAAUUAUUUUUUAAUACAAAAAUUGAACUUAAAAAAAAAUUGUAGGAUAUAUAUUACAACAAAAAAAGAGAAGACGUUAAUUGCUUGACUAAUAUUUAGUAGCUGCUGCCGCUGAAUGCAUCACUUGCAUGCAUCUUGAUGUGAAUGGCUUUUUGUCGAGUUCACUAUGUUUGGUCAAGUGCCGGUUUACGCCCGUCCGUAGGUCUGAAAGAGCCAAUCAUUUUUUUUUCUGGCGCACAAGUUUAUGAAACCUAGCGCGUUCGAAUUUGUAUUUGCUUCAACAAGUCUGGCGUACACACAAUUGUGCACAGGUUUGUUGACCAACACUGCCGGUUUUGCUUUGAAAUGACUUUGGCUGAAGUCGUCGCUGGGAAUUGUUUUUCUUUUUUUCUCUUUGCACUCUCGGUCAUGUGCUUAGAAGUUCAGAGGCACUACAAUGAUUCUCUAAGUACGUUACGGAAAAAAAAUGUUGCUUAAUGCAGUAAUGUAUUAUUUCUGCAGUAUCGAAUGUUGAUAAACAAAGUUUAUUUUUCGUUUGGAAAUCGGGGAUGACAUUAUUUUUUUUGCGGUUACGUGGAUUUAGACUGCCGACCGGGCAGGAUUGGCUGUAAAACGAGCCAAUUUAAAUUGUAAUUGUUUUGUUUUUUGCUCGUUAACGGAGCUUAAACAUGUAUCACCAUAACUGAUUUCCUGUCCUUUCAUUGUAAUCUUUUCAUGCAUCAAAAAAGGCACCCCCUGCUUGUGUAUAUUUCUUGUAUUAUUACAUAUAAUGGUGCUAAAUAGAUAACUUAGAAGAAGAAAAAAAUCUCGCACUAAAGGAUCAUAGAGUAAAUGGUAUAUAGCUUUUACGUAAAAAAACCUUUAUUGAGACGUAGGUUAUUCCAUUCAUCAUCGCAGAAUGCUAUUUGUGCUGUUUUGACAAAAUAGGCAGCCGCUUUUCUUCCCUUUUAUUUGCAACAUUUCUGAAAAUAUAUGCAACAAGAGGAGAAAAAAAACCCGAUCGGCAGUUUUUCAUUCAGUGUAGCUUGUAUAUGCUGUGCGACAAAGUUAUGCAGAAACACUUUCAAUGUGUCGAUGGUGUUUCCUGUACUCUGGGGUAAAACAGCAGCUCUUACUUUGGCUUCACACAAAGCCAUAUAUUACUGCAAACAGCCAUUCUCUAUCGAAUGCAUCUCCCCUUUUCUGUAUAAGUAGAAGGCGGCGAGCCUUCGCUGUUUUUCACAGCGGCGUUUGGAACGCUUUUGGUUGCUGUGCCCGGUGGCGCAGUGACGGGCGGUGGCGAGUUGUCACCGGAGUAGGUGAACGUGGCAUUAAAAACGAGUCCCCCCCCCCCCCCCCGUAAUGGGCAUCGCUCGGACGACGAUGAUGAUGAUGAUGACGACGAUGAUGGUUUCAGGUUGGAAGCUGUGCUGCAAUAUGAAGGGAUUACGGUCUAACCCAAAAACCCUUUGCUUUAAUGCCACAGGUUUAACAACUAAAAUGUGCACUUCCAGUCAAAAAAUAAUUUCUUACACUGGUGCUAAUCUUGCCUCUCUUGGUGGCUGUGAUGUGUGUGUUGCUGACGUGGGGUGAGUGCAAGGAGAUUCAAAAGGAAGCUGUGAGUUCAACGGUACUGUGCCUUGCGAUGUGACCUUUCAACAGGCUGGUAUGCCACUGCGACGUUAUCGAAAUGGCUGAUUAUUAUAAGAGUGGCGACUAAAGUAGCAUAGUUCCUAUAGACAGGAAAUGCCAUCUGCACCGGAGCAUAUUUCAAUGUUAUAUCGAGAGAAAUUAUUCUUCUAAUUUGUUUGAUCAAUACAUAACAUGUUAGCUGCAGUGUCAACCAUUCAUGUUACUGAGAAUAAAAAAUAAUU